UUAAAUGCUUAUAACUUACAGAAAGAAGCCUGAAUGUGACAUUAUUUGUCAAAAAAGUAGCAAUUGUAAACAAAGUAGUAUUUUGACUUCCAUACAAAGUACUAAUUCAGACACUAUAAAUAUAUACUUAUUAGGAUGAAGCAAUAAAUUUAUAAAAGCAAAAGAAUGUAUCCAAGAAAGUUAUUUUUGAAAACCAAGACAUAAAAAACAAAGGCUUUUUGAAUAAUGAGAAUGGCAGCAUUUUUGUGGCCUAAUGGGCCUUUAAUCAAUAAAGGAAAAAUCUGAAAUUAAACACAAGUGACAUUAUUUAUCAGAUCCAUUAUUUUAAUUAAAUUUUCCAUUACAAAUUUUGAUUUUUCUCAGAGCUAUUUAUUUGGUAAUUUGAAUUGUGUUCUUGCAGUUACAGACUUAUUUCAUGUCCAAGGGAAAAACAUGGCACUAUUUAAGGGAAAAUAUAGCAUUUUUGGCUAGGGGAAACAGCUGCUGGAAAAGGCUAUAAAAUAUACGAAAAAAAAUGACUGUCUUUAUUCUCGGUUCCAGCAACUUCUAAUACCAUGACAAUUAUUGUAAAAAAAAAUCCACUUGAAUUUGUUUCUACCUUACAGGUCAAAUUAUUGAAAUUUUCUUAUUUGUUUGCUGAAGUGGCUAUAAUUUUGUUUGAUGUCAUUUAUAUACUUUAAUAUAUUAUAUUCUUUGGAUACAACUGUCAUUUAUGUCAAGCCAAAUUUUACCUUGGAUCAUUAAAGGCCCUGAAGGUUAAAUUAUAUUAUUUUCAUUGAUUUCUGUAACUGUGUAAUUAGGCCACAUUUAAGGUAGGCGGCCAAAAAAAAAAUCCCCCAGAAAACCAAAAUAGAAUUGAAGGAAAAUAUCGCAAAAAUUGUCUUUGAAAUACUGCCGUGUUGUAUAAAAAUUAAAUAUAAUUUUUCAAGGUUAUUCAGGAAUAUUUAAGAAAAUCAGUUGUGUCACAACAGUAAUUUGACCGCUUAAAUUUAUGCCUACAAAGUCAUUUUAUUUUGUGUUAUGAUUACUAUGGAAUAUGUCUCUGUUUUUAGCUCGACUAUUCGAUAAGAAUAAGUAGAGCUAUUGCAGUCACCCGAGCGUCGGCGUAACCACUAAUGUUAAAGUUUUUGUAAUAGUUCAAAUAUUUUCAAAGUCCAGAGACAUAUGGCUUUGAAACUUUGCACACUUGUUCACCAUCAUGACCCCAACCUGUAAACAGGAGGAGGUAACUCUAUCAAGCAUAUUGACAGAAUUAUGCCCCUUUUUCGACUUAGAAUUUACGUUAAAGUUUUUGUAAUAGUUCAAAUAUUUUCAAAGUCCACUGACAUAUGGCUUUGAAACUUUGCACACUUGUUCACCAUCAUGACCCCAACCUGUAAACAGGAGGAGGUAACUCUAUCAAGCAUUUUUUUUACUAUCAAGCACUAAGAAUAGUCGAGCGUUGCUGUCCUACCGACAGCUCUUGUUUACUGUCUAAUACAUGUCAGGUUCGUCAUCGCCAGGUUCGUCAUCGCUGAUGAUGAUGAUGUCCAUAUUUUUACAAUUCAUCUGCUACAACCAAGCAUAUAUAUAUACUUGAGUUCUGUGAAAAUCAUAUAUCAUCAAAAAAAAGCCUUCUUACCCAUAACGAUCCACUCCUUGCAACCUUUUGGUCGGCAACAGCAAACAGAUAUAUUUUAAAGGUGGCCUUAAUUAAAGUGGAAUAUCUUCAUACUUUAACGCUAGAACAAAAUCUAUUCAAUUUAGGCAUAAAAAAAUAACAAAAACUAGACAACUGGGCAGAAGUGCUACCACCAGAUUCGGUUAAUACAGAAUUGUGUCCUGUACCUUGAACGACCGCCAUCAUUGGUACAAAUGAUCGAAUCCGAUCAUGGUAAAAUAAUUAAUGGUAAGAGUAGUUGAGAAACCUUGUUUUGUACCUUUGUCCCAUGAAACGGGAUCGCCACCAUCGGAACAAAUGACCGAAUCAGAUCAUGGUGAUAAAAUAGAAAGGAUACAUACUCUCAGUCUCUGAUCAAAUAAUUGAAAUUUUCAAAAAUGCAAAAGAAAGACACCUUAAACUUUGAAAUAGCAUGUCAAUAAAACAAAAUAGAAGUCAAUUCAAGUCUGAAAAAAAAUGCAUGACUGUUCUCAAUUUACAGGUUUUUUUUCACAAUUUCAUGGAGCAUCACGCUUUUUUUUCACAAAAUGAACAGGCCCAGGCCCCUUCACAAUUGUGACAAAAAAUGCCCUGUAUUUUAUUCUUUGUUUCUUUUUUUCAGAGAUACUGAAAAAGAAACCUGAAUCCUUGGCCGCUUUUUUAGACAAUGUGGAUUGGGCUAUUUGGCAACUUCAAACUUGCACACCAACUCAGGAGAAAGCAAGAGAUGUUGCCUUACCUGAUGAAGUAAGACCAUUACCUAAUGAAGAUCCAGAAACCCCAGACACUGUCAUGCCCAACAUAGCUUCAGAUACAGUCUUAUUUGAGAAACUAACUAACACAACCAUAACUGAGGGAGCUAUAGACAAAGCCCUACUUCAGAAUCAUAUAGACACAGCCCAAGUUGUGGAAGCGAUAGACACAGCCCAAGUUGACGAAGCUACAGCCUUAACUAAGUAAUAAAUAAAGCACUACUGUUUCUUUAUACAUUUGAAAACAGCUUAUUUAACAUUUUCAACUAAACAACAAAAACAAGAAUAAAUUCUGGGUAGGCAACCCUAGACUUUUUUUUAAUUUUUUGAAAAAUGAACAAAUAAUCCAAUUCAGACUAGUAAUGAAGCUCAUGAAAAUUAUGAAUACAUUGUUAUAAUUGAAGAACAGCUUAAACCUUCUCCAAGAAUUGAGGAAGUAAGACCCUUACCUGAUGAAGAUCCAGAAACCCCAGACACUGUAAUGCCCAACUCAGCUUCAGAUACAGUCUUAUUUGAGAAACUAACAAACACAACCAUAACCGAGGAAGUUACAGAUAAAGCCACAUCUGAUGAAGCUUUAGGCAUAGCCCUACUUCAGAAUCUUAUAGACACAGCACAAGUUGUGGAAGCUAUAGACACAACCCAAGUUGAAGAAGCUAUAGACACAACCCAAGUUGAAGAAGCUACAGCCUUAACUAAGGUUACUAAAGACACAGCUUCUCCUAAAGAGGCCUCAGAGAAAGCCUUACAGUGCUACAGUCCAGGGACAGCCUUACCUGGGGAAGUUAUCAACAAAGCUGUGCAUACAGACACAGAUCUACCUGAGCAAGCAAGGAACACUGCUGAAAAAGUCCUUGGGAGCUGUAGUAACGAAGUGCAAGAAAAUUGUGAAUAUACUGUUUUAAUUGAAGAACAGCAUAAACAUUCAACAAAUAACCUUGAAAUGAAGAAAAAUGAUGAAGGCAAUAAAUUCGCUAAUGUAUCUGUGCUUAAAAGAAACAGUGGGGACCGGAAAAAAGAACAAGUUAAGAAAAGGCCUAAGUUGAUUUCAGAAUCUGAGAAUUCUGAUAACAGUCCUUAUGAAGUAGACAGUGAUUGGUCACCAGCACCUGUCAGGAAAAGGAUCAGACAAGUGUUAGAAUCUGAUGACAAUGAGAACAGUGAUCAGUCUGAAGUGUUUCCUAUGCUUAGUGCAAAGAGGAUAAAGCUAAACAAUGUAGACAAAGAAAAAAAGGGAGAAAUCUAUGUGUUGCGUAGAUCUAAUAAAACUGAAGAAGAUUCUGAUAAGAACCAUCAUAUGAAGGCACUGGUAAAACUGUGGAUUUAUCGCAAUAUGGUCCAUGUCCUAAUUGUUAUGGAUGGAUUGUUCGUCGCUCUUUGA